AUGAAUGACGAUGGUAUCCACCUUAGGCGUCUGUUCCCAGCUCCUGACAACCCGUAUGAAAUCUUAGCGACGUCUAACAAACCAUGUGUAGUACAGAUUCAGUGCGAGGAUCCUAACUUAAAGGUCCCGUGUGUUGUAUCGGACACCGAUGCCACCCCUCGAGUGAAGCUGCCUUGCCCACCUAGGAGCAUCUGUUGGUACCCACUGAAGGCUGGGGCGGAGAAUGCGUCUUUCUUGACAGCUUGUCAGAGCCAGCCAUUACAGUUGUGGGACCUCGCGGACGGGUUGCAACGGGCCAGCUACGUCGCCUAUAACAACAGUGGACAACAUGCCGACCCUCUCUCCGCGCUUUGGCUGGAAAAGCCACACACCGGGCUCAUUGCCGGUGGCUACGGCGGGUUUGAGGACAAACACCACGUCCGCCUUUUCGAUGUGCUUUAUCAAGGCGACAAUGCGGUGAUGAGUUACCGAUCGCGAGUUGGGUCGGCUGUCGGUGCCACGUGUGCACUGGCCAACGGGCCAUGCCAGCUCGUGCUUUCCAGCUACUUUAAAAGCGAUGUGGUGGAGGCGAUCGACCUGCGAAAUUGCUGCCCCGCUCUGAUGCUCCGGGGAAUGCACAAGGGUGGGACCGCGUGCAUCCAUUCUCACCCCAGCGACGAGCAUCGCGUCUACGUGUCUGGGUAUAAGGGGUCGGAAUUCAUCUACGCGUGGGACCUCCGGCGGUGUAUGGAACCGGUCGCACUUUUCCAUCGUGAGAUGAGUACGCAUCAGGUCUGUGAUUUUGCCUUUGCGAAACCUGACGCGCAGGAUUCGUCAAGUGAGACGUGGGUGCUGGUGUCCUCCACCUCCGCUGGGGGACUUUUGGUCUUCCCCGGCGAAGGCGAGGCGGAUGCAAAAGGGGUCGUGCACGGGAGUCAACGCUACCAGGAUCAACUCGGCCCUACAGGUGGGCUGGCGGCGCUGCUGGAUGGGCGGUUGGUCGUCACCCUUGGUCCCUGUAUCCGCUCUUUUAGGCGAACACCUGCGGAGCGGCCGGUGCCGGCCGUUCGUGAGGCCCCUAAUCCUCCGACCGAGCCCCCUGGUGGGGCGGACCUGUCGGAUGCGGAGUUUGAGGACGCCGCAGUGUCGUUGAGGUUCCCUCUGGGCCUUAGGCGCCCACGUGAGCCCCUUUCCGAAUCCGAUUCGGAGGAUUCUUUUGAUGGGGAAAGUUGGUGUGCGAGGAGGAAGGAAGGCACACUUCUCAACGCGACAAUUAUCUCACUUUGA